AUGGAGAAAAUCAAUAUGGUGGGAUAUAAUAGGCAUCAUCAACAGUCUUUCCAACCUCAAGGGACCUACCAUCCUAAUAAUUCAAGGAACCACCCUGAUUUUUCAUGGAGUAACCCAAUGGGGGCUGCCAAUCCUCAACACUUUGUUAAUAGAGGCCCUCCAGGUUCUCAAGGUUCAUAUCAACAUGUCAAUGCAAUUGUCACUAGGAGUGGCAAGGUUCUUGAAGAGCCAUCUCCCCCUAUCAAAGCAUCAAUUCCAACUAGAACUGUUGAAGAGGAAAUAGAAAGGAUACUUGACAGAGAUGAGGAUGAGCCAAUUGUUGAGAAAAAUAACCCACAAGUCAUCGAUAAAGGAAAGAAGAUCGUACGAAGGUAUGAAAAUCCCUUGCCCUUUCCUCUACAAGAAACAAAGAAAAGUAGAUGGAAGAAAUUUUUAGAAAUAGUUGAAAAUUUGAAAGUUUCUGUCCCUUUACUUGAUUUGCUCUCCCAAGUCCCCUCCUAUGGAAAAUUCUUGAAAGAAAUACUUGCUAAAAAGAGAAAAUAUGGGGAACAUGAGAUGAUUGCAAUGGCACAAGAAUAUAGGGCCUUGACACCCGGAGUUGGAAGAAGAGUGACCAAAUAUAAAGAUCUGCGGAAGUUCACAAUUCCUUGUAUUGUUGGAGGUCGUCCUAUAAAAGGAUCCCUUUGUGAUCUUGGAGCCAGUGUCAGUGUCAUGCCUCUUUCACUUUGUAUGAAGGUGAAUUUGGGUAAGCCAAAACCAAUCAACCUCACAUUGUGCAUGGCGGAUCAGUCUACUUCAACCAUUGUUGGUAUACUUGAAGAUGUCCCUGUUUGUGCGGAUAAAUAUUUUGUCCCCGUUAAUUUUAUUGUAAUAGAUGCUCAAGAAAAUCCAGAAAUUCCACUCAUCUUGGGGAGACCUUUCUUGGUCACAACCGGAGCAUUAAUUGAUGCUAGAAAGGGAACGAUGAUUUUUCAUUUUGGAGAAGAUAAAGUUGAAUUCAAUGCCUUCGAGGAGAAAAGUUCAUGCAACAUGGUUCAUAUAAUGAAGUGGGAUGAAGACAACCCUGAAAAUCAACCGGGCUAA